AUGCCCCUGUCCUCCGAUGAGAUCGAGAAGGCCGUCCAGGUGUUGAGCAGCUCAGCUGAGGCACGCAAGAAGGUGGUUGCUCUGGAAUUUUUGGGUUUUGCUGAGCACUCUGACGUUCAGAAGGUCAUCGUCGAGGUAGGAGGCAUUCCUCCAUUGGUAGCACUGCUCUCUGACGGCAACAAUGAUCUCCGGGAGAAAGCUGCCCAUACUUUGGACUGGUUGGCACGCAACGACAAGCACAAGGCCCACAUCUUGCGUGAUGGUGGAAUACCGGCUCUGGAGGCUUUGACUGAGGAUAAGAAGGCAUCCAGACGGGCCAAGGACCAUGCUCACGCAGCGUUGAGGCGCUUGCCCAAGGACCUUGCUGCUGCAGAGGCCAUUGCAGCCGCAGAUGGCAAGGUUCCUGCUUUGGUAGCGCUGGUGACAUCUGGCAGCGAUAGUGUGAAACAAUUGGCUGCAGAGACUUUGAUAAAGAUGAUGCAUGAGAACAAGAAGAAACCGGAAAAGAUUAGAGCCGCAGGUGGUAUUCCUGCAUUGGUAGACAUGGUUUCCAGCAGCAACCAUGAUGCGAUGGAAAUCGCUGCCCAAGCUUUGCACAACUUGACAUAUGACAACCCCAAGCACCAGGAGGCCCUCGUAGCUUCAGGUUGCCUUCCUGCCUUGCUGGCCCUGGUGAAAGCUGUCAAUUCAGAUGUAGAGACACAAUUUCGAAGAGGGUUACUGGGACAGAUGAACCAAGUUUUGGCUCAGAACAUCAAGCACUGCGAGGCUUUUGUGCGCGCCGGUGGAGUUGAAGCCUUGCAUGCCGUUUGUGAGGAUGCAUCGUUGUCCGAGGAAGGACGGAGUUGGGCUCUGAAGUUCCUUGAGGUUUUGUCAAAGGAGCAGAAGCCGAUAGGGAACGUGAGUGUGCAGGAGGUGGAAGCUGAAAUCCGAGCUUUGGACAGCGGAAAGAAGGAGCAAGCCAAAGUGGCAGAAGAGCUAGGAAACUGGGCAGCCGUUUCCGAAGAGAGCAGGGUUGCCAUCAGCAAAGGAGGUGGGGCUGAAGCAUUGGUGGCAUUGCUUGUUACUGGCAGUGAUGAUGCCAAAUGGCAGGCUGCCAGGGCACUACGCAACCUUUGCAACAAUAUGGAGGCCAAGGAAGCCAUUACAAAGGCUGGCGGUGUCACAACCUUGGAACCUCUUGUGAGGCAUGGGAAAGGCAAAUUGAAGGAAGCUGCAGAUGAAGCUUUGAAGCUUCUUUCUCAGACGCAGUCUGGCUCAGCCCCAGUUGGCGCCAAGCCUGUCUCAACUCCAACACCAAAGCCAAUUCCGGAGCCCACGCUCGCAGCAGGGAACGACAUUCCAACUGGGGAAGGCGCUCGGGUUGCCAUGUUCUCUGCCAGAUUUGAUGGAGGUCCCGUAGAACAGAAGUUUCGCAAGGUCUUCCAAAUUCUCCGCGACCGCAAAUACGACAUCCUGAUGGUUGCUGCAGAUGCUGGAGACAGCUUUGCAGACUUGACAACCAAAUAUCUAGGAAGGCUCCAUGCUGAGAAAGGCACCAUGCUGGCCGUGUGCACCAAGCACUAUGGGGAGAUGACUGCUUCGGCGUAUUCCUCCCACAAGGAGCUGAAAUUUGCGCUUGACUACGAGCUCUUUGUGAAAGUUCUGCCACUAAAGGUUGAGGACACCUACCCACCUCAGCCACCAGGUGGCCCAAACCACAAAUAUGACAAGGACAAUCUGGCUCAAAGUUAUAUUCUUAGCGUCUUCAAACCAGGUGUGGUGUUCUUAGACUGCCGUGAAAAAUCGGAUGUAGAAAUCGCAGCUGAGAUUGCUGCAAACUUGCGGAAGCACAAAGUGGUUUCAGAUUGA